UCUUCCAUCCACAACAUCUAAGGAAUAAGCCCUACAUACCUUGUUUUCAUGCUAUUAAAAUACAUAACUAUGACUAAGCUGAAGCCAGAACAAUUGAAGAAAUGACUAUUGAUGGAAUGAUUGGGUACUUACAGGAUAUAUUUCUGUGUGUGUGUGUGUGUGUGUGUGUACAACUGUGUCUGGGCAAGUUGUUUACUGUUUGGAGAUGUGGAACAUUUGUGACAAGGGGCUCAAGUCUGUUUUCAGCAACCCCCUAUACUGUCUGCAGCUGGGUUUGAUCUUUCACAUGGUACCCAACUUUUUCCAAACUUGCAGAGCUCUCACACCCUGCAGAAAUUAUUGCCCCCUGACGACUACAUUUAUCCAAGUUACGUAAGUGUUAAAAAUGUGAGUUAAAAAAAAAAAAUAGGCCACAGAGGCCCCUGUGAACGCCUCAAGCCUCAGGUGAGGGGAUGUGUGCAUGUGAACUAGCGUGCUACUGAGAGGUAUGCUUAGGCAUGCCGUUAAAACUGGCUGUUUUUUUUUCCCCUCGUUCUGUCUGCAGGCCUCCCGACCUUUUACAGCCCGGGUAUCAUGUAAAUGAACCCUGUGGUACUGCCGUCCAUUUCCCUUUAUUUGCUAUUCAAAUGUAGCUUGUGUUAGGGGAGACAGCAGUCGGCUGUUAUUCGGCUAUUUUAGGGGCUGUGGAUUAGUUUAAUGUGAAUGCUCUUAAUCUCGUGGCUCUGUGAUCGAUAUGAUUGUUUUAUGCAUUUUAUCUAGACAAUAAAUGUUACUGAUUAGAAGACAUGGGCCAAACUUUAACAAGAUGUCUUAAGCAUAGACAGUUCAGCCUUUAUGAGUUCCUAAGAAGACUUGUUAAUAGCACCAUAUUUUUGAAGGAGGGUUUUUCUGUGUCAGGGCACCUGAAGGGUCAUUUCCAUACAAGACAUCUGUGUAACGCAUGACCAUUCUUCAAAUUUUAUUAGAUAAAUAACUAUUUAAUGUUCAAAUACUUACAUUGUCAUCAAAGGGGACGUACCAGGCAAUGCUUACUUUGGCAACAGUAAGUCAGAAUUUAUGUUCCGGUUCUUGUGAACUGGAAUAUUCUCCUAGGAGAUGUAAUGAUCACUUGUCGCGGUGGGCAUACGUUGAUUUAGCAGGGUGUUCAUUUGCCAAUUUUCAGAUAAAUAUUGGUUGUCAGAGCCAAAACCCUGAGGCAAUAACUAUAAGGAAAUAACCCGCUUACCGUCUGAGUCACAGCUGGUGUGUGGAUUCCGGUCACUUGAUGCGGCGUCAAAGGGUCGUUGCGUAGGCUACAGGUGCGCUACGAUGAUUCCCUAGAACAGCGAAAGACUUAAAGAAACGUCAGUGGUGUGAAAUCGUUCGCAAAAUAUUGGCAUAGUUUUAUCGCGCUUCUCACAAAAAUAUCGUUAGCCGGCUCAGAAUGUUUCUGUUCUUCGUAGCAUGUUCUACAUUUUAUAUAGGUAGGAGAUGUACUUAUUUAGCGUUGUCGAUAAGGAGUACAAAAGCAGUAAUGCUAAUCCCCCUUUGUUACCUAAUAACUUGAGCCGAUUCGAAGGGGGAGGGGUAGAGUUGUGUACACCACACUGUUUAUUUGAAUAAACGCUUGAAUGUAAAAAACCCUCCCAUCCUUCUCCAAGGUGAGACGUGGUAGGGAGUUCUCCUUUGCAUGUGACGUUAAGGGUGGAGUUAACGCACGUUUGCCACCACGGCAGGUAAUGUAGCUGGAUACAGGUGAGAGACAGGCGUUUCAUUCUCAGCAGGCAAACCGACAAUACGAAAAGCCCCCCCGGGAGAGCAUUCAUCACAAUGGCAGGGAACAACAGCGACUAACAAGAUCCCCGUGUCUCAAUAAAAUUUCCCUGCGUUUCUUUUAAAACAUUGACCGUUAUUGCUUUUCCACAGUACAUUUACAGAGAAAUAAGAUCACCCGAAGACACUUGGUAAUUGCUCCAUCUGGUAAGUGUUCUGCUCUACCGGGACGAUGAUUAGCUCCGAGUCGUUGCGGCCGACAACAAACUGUGGGCGUAAGGCCCUCGGUAAACUAGCCACCCGGCUGGAGGAGGUGAAGAAUCCAUGGCGACAGGUCUCGACCCUGGAAUUAAGCCACAAUGAGGCUGCUAGACUCGCCACGGAUGCUUUACUGGAGUCGGGGGAGAAAGAAUACAGACGAGUGCUGUUGGAGGAAAGAGAGUUAAACUUCCUUUCGCCGCUUGAAAUUAAGUACAUUACUGACAACGCCAGCAAGAACAGUGCGUCCGACAGUAACUGCGCAAAUGGCUCGGAGAGAGACUUUGGGGAGGGGGACGCGGUGUCGGAGCUUACGUCUGGGACAUACUUCCCUAUGAUGUCGGACGAAGAGCCACCUGUUUUGGAACUGGGCUGGCCUGAACUCCCCAACCGCUACGGCCCCUCGGAAACACAGAUCUAUUUCCAGAGGGACAAGUCUAACAAUGUCAAAGACAUCAUUCGUUCGCUUAUAAAUAAAGCGAAAAAGGUCAUAGCAUUGGUGAUGGACCUUUUCACAGAUGUAGAUUUGCUCUGUGACUUGAUGGAAGCCUCUAACAAGCGCAAGGUCCCUGUGUAUAUUCUCCUGGACAGCAAGAACCUGCACUACUUCAAGGAUAUGUGUACAGCUCUGGACAUCAAUAAUUCUCAUCUGAGUAACAUGCGGAUUCGGAGCAUGUGUGGAGAAACAUACUGCACCAAAUCAGGCAAAAAGUUUACCGGCCAGGUACAGGAGAAGUUCAUGAUUAUCGACUGUGAAGAAGUUAUUGCUGGAUCAUAUAGUUUCACCUGGCUGUCAGCACAGGUCCACAGCAACAUGGUGCUGCACUUCUCCGGACGGAUCGCGGAGAGCUUCGACCGGGAGUUCCGCUGCCUCUACGCGGACUCCCAGAUCAUCGACUACUUCCACAACCCCGACGAGGAAGGCCUCCCGUAUUACCCGAUGUACCCGUCCAUGUUGGUCCCCAACAUGGGCAAGGACUUCCUGCAGGACAGGCCCAGAGAGAGGCUGUGCUCAGAGCACUCCAGCAGCCAGUCUAGCAGCAGCCUCUCCAGCGUUAAGAAAGCUCCUGGCAUGCCCGCCCCUGUCUACCAGGUCAACCAUGACAAAAAGGAGCCCAACAACCCUUUCCCGGGACCGGACAGAAGAGGGGGCCAAAGCCAGACCACUCUCACCCAGAGCAGCCAGAGGUUAAGAGGUUCCUCUAACGGCACUGGCCAGAGCCCAACUUCAGAGCACCCCCUUCCUGGAGCCAGUCAAACCCCAGGGAUAGAAUGGUCCAAAGGCGAGACUCCAGACUAUCUCCGCUCCAAUUUGGCAGGCACCACCUCCAAGAUCCAGGCCCUCGGUCUGUAUGACCACAAGCAGAACUUGUUUCACAAUGCGCCCAAGACCCCUCCGGGGGACAACAAAAUGACCAACAAGCAAAGGAGCCCCUCCAACCCCAUCCUCAACAAGAUCUCUGACUUCUUCUCACCCACCACCAAGGAGAGGGAAGCCUACAACUUCAGGAGGUCUCCGCCCCAGAGCACGGCUUUCGGGGGUCCAGACCUCACCCAGGCGGAGCCCGAGAGCAGGCAGCCGCUGCCCCCACCCCCUCCUUUGUCCCCAGAGGGGGGGCGGACGGACCAGUGGAUGAACCGCCACGACGCCAAGAGGAUGACUUUGGGGCACAGCAAGCUGGACCUGGUCAACCACUACAACAAAAUGAAGUCCAAGCACAUCUACAGCAGGUUUGAGUUGAAGAACAACAACUGAACAUCUGGCAGGAGGGCUGCUCCUUCCGCUCAGCCUUUGGGGAAAAACGAUGCUUUGGUUUCUUUGCGACGCUCACAGGGGAGAACACAGUAGUGUUCAGGUGGCUCCUUGUGCCUUUUUGCCCUCCAGGCUGUCUGCAGUGGGUGGUGUUCUUGCGUGUGAGCUUGGACACAUUGGACCACUAUGUUGGGAAUGAGAUUUUUGGACAAAAAUGUGUCGCAUGUUCAUUUCUGAGGAAAACAUGUUUAUGCUUACAAGUCACAUUUGCUAAUGCUAACAAAUGCUAAUAUACGAUAGCAUUUGCUGUUGGCUGGUUAUUAUUUAUGUAAAAAGUAGCUUGGCAGCGGGUGCGGAAGUGCUUAAACUGAAAUGGUAAUGUCAUGUUCUCAGCCUCUUCAGGGGUCACUCUUCCUUAUUACUUGAGCUCAAAUAGUUUUGGGAGUUGGUAUCCCAAGAUGUGGAGUCUUCCUUGCUUAUACAUAUUUACAAACGGCAAGACUGUGAUAGGUGUGUUUAUACAGCAUUGCUGUAUUUUAAAGUUCUACCAUGAGAAAUAUCCUGACUUUAAGUAUGUUUACUAUCCCGUUUGAUCUCACCCUGCUGUAUAGCUUUGUAAAUAUUGAUCAUAUCUUUUAAAUUCCACCUCAUUAUAUAUCAUAUGUAAUAUGAUAUUAGAUCGUAAUUAUAUAUAAUUUAUCUGGAUCAAUGGGUGGAGUCAUGGACAAUGAUGUCAUUCACUCCGCCUGUCCCCUCUGAAGAUUUUGGCUUUUGUUCUUAUUGAAUUUGUCUUUCACUAAAUUUUCUCCCAUAUUGAUGGAGGAUUACAGUAUAUGACUAGACUAGGGUGUUUACAGAUUUUCAUUAUUUAGCCUUGUGUAAUGGAUUGACAUCUGUUAUACUAUACUGUGACAUAAAUAUCCAGAACUGAGAGAGAUUUUCAGAGCUUACUGUCUUCGUUAUUCAUCUGUACACUGAAAGUGCAGCAGUUUCUUACAGUUCUUAAAUGCACUUUUUAAAAAAAAAAAUGUAUUGCUAAGCAUUGAAAUGCAGUGAUACGCAACAGUUCCAGACCUAAGCAAUGCCCUAGUCUUGCGCAGCUGUCUGGGUUUCAGUGAAUGCAUUGAAAAGUGGUGGGAAAUUUGGACUAUAUGCAUUCGUAUUUGUUUAAUGCUCCCUUUUGAUUUUGGUUGGAAUUUUCCUUUCCAGCGUUUGCCAUCAA